AUGGCGACCGGAGUAGAAACGACGAUCGACGUGAAACUUUUCGUGGACAAGGAGAGGAACAGGGUGCUCUUCGCGGAGUCCGGCAAGGAGUUCGUCGACGUUCUCUUCGGCUUCAUCACGCUGCCCCUCGGCACCGUCGUCCGCCUCCUCGGCGGGCAGUCUCAGGUGGGAUGCCUGGACGAGCUGUACAGGAGCGUCGAGGGGCUCUCCCCCGACCUGUUCAGGACCGAGGCUUGCAAGGCGAUGCUGCUCAGGCCCAUCAACGCCGCAGCGAAGCAGUGCUGUCAGUUGAAGGUCAGAGUCGACGACACCAAGCACAGGGAGGUUUACGUCUGCGGUGACACGAGCUGCAGCGUCACUGCUUUCAGCUCCGUCCCCGGCGUCGUCUGCCGUUGCGGAGGCAUGAAGUUCAUUGUCACCGACGAUCUCAAAGUUGCACCGGCCUCAACCUCUCUCAUGCUGACCCUUUUGGACGAGUUUCAAGUGCCAGAUCCGUCCAGUCUUGAGCAGAGGAUUCUCCAGUUCAGUUCUGACAAGAUAAUUGACCUGCUCAGGAGGUCAUUAACGUCGCAGAACCCGUUAACUGAUCACUAUCUUGACGUCGCUGUGGCGCCUGAUCAUUCAGUAGUGGAUAUGCUUCCUGAGUACUUGCAUCCUAAAGAACAAGAUAGUGAGGCUGAGCACUCACUAGUUAAUGCCAACCUCAGGGUUCUUCAGACAAAGAACAAUUCCAAGGUGUUGUAUGCCGAAGUUGGUGGCGAUUUUGUGGAUCUUCUCUUUGGAUUACUGACCAUGCCUCUAGGAUCCAUACUGAAAAGAUAUGGGAGAUCGGCAUCGAAAGGAUGUUUUGACAAUGUUUACACUAGCAUAGAUGGAAGUGCUCAAGGAUGCUUGAGGCCAGAAUGCCAGAACUUGCUAUUGUCCCCAAUGUUGGCGCCCUUCUUUGGCUGUGGCGCUAGCACGAUGCUUCAAGUGCAAGAACUAGCUCCAGAUAAUGAAGAGAUCAAUGCUUGUUUGAAGUGUAUCAAGGAUCGUGGUUUUGCGAAUCUUGCCACUUGUCAUGAGAAAUUUUGGUACAAAAAAAGUUAUCAUCAAUAUUGCAACGUAAGUGUAAAAACCACAAACCUCUGUGAGCUGGAUGCAAAGUCGCCAAAGGGAGGAUCUGACAACGGAGGAGCAUAUGUAAAGCAGGGGCCUCAAAAAUUCAUUGUGACUGAUGAUCUGCACGUCCUUCCUCUGUCCUUGGCAAGCACUCUGCAGGUUGUUAUUGAAGCCAAGCUUCAGAGAAAGGAUCUUGUAGAGAAAGAAGUCGCCCUUACAAAACCCCAGGCUAUGGAGCUACUCAGAGCUGCCAUGGUGACUCGCAGAGCUCUUAGCACCGUGCUUUUGCCCCCCAUCCCCAAGAUCAACAAGAAGCUGCAUUACCACAGCUUCGGUCUAUAUUAG